GUGAUUUUAACGGGAAUUUAAAAAAAAAAUAUUAUGACCAACUCAGUACAGAAAGUACAUUCUAUAUAUAGUAAAUAGAAAUCAUGAAGGAAGAGAAGAGUCGGUUUAUCAGAGGUAAGAGGAAACUGGAGAACCUGCAAUCAACCCACACAGACAAUAAUCCAAGCUCAGAAUCAGCCCAGAAACCACGAACACUGCUUACAGUAUCUCCACGUGGUAUAAAUACUCAGAAAGUGAAUGAGGACAUUAACAGGAAACAGGUGAGUUCAAUAGACCAAUAAGUGAGAGUGAGUUAAUGCCCUGGAUUAGAUUAUGCAUUCAUGAAUUGGCAGUGGAUUUGGAUGUGACAGUAAUAGAGUAAGUAGUGCGGCUAAAUGGUCUCCGUACUUCAGUCUUUUUUUUUUUUUUGUAUAAAGAGAAUUAACAUAAGCCUAACAUAAUCCUUCUUACUCUCAUAACACUCUUUUGUUUCUUAGUUAUUCUGUACGCUUGGCUGCAACAUACCAAAUGUUCCGCACUGCACACAAUAAAUAACACCAUUCUUCAAUUCAUUUUUUACUCUAAUGUCUUAAAACAUUCAUGAUUAUACUCGAUUAUUGAACUAUUUCAGUACUUCACAGACACCUGGCAUCCCAUCUAUUCAGAUAUCGCAGUGUACUUGUAAGCAAGCCCUGCUCAAAUUGAUCUGAUUUCACUGGGAGUACGGUGUGGGGGAUACGUGGCCGCUUCUGGAACGCACACUAGCUUAAUGAACAGUGGGCCAGUGGUUUUGAACCCUCCGUUGGAGAUUAGCUGUGGAUUAGCUGAACACUAAUCCAGACCAACACAUGGCACGUCACACUCUGAAAGUGUGUGCAAGCAUUUUCUGUCCAUAGAUGUGUUAUUUUCUGCCGUGAGAACGAGAUGGCCAACAUAUAUACGCUAAGGUAAACUUCUGCAUAUUACUGUAUGUUCUGUGUAGUAUUAAGUAUUAUUAUUAAGGGAUGGACAGCCACAAAAGUCUAUAUGAUAUAUUUGUGUGGGUUCUUUUAGGAGGAGUUUUAGACUGUAAAAAUGAAUGUGUUCAGCUGCUCAUUUUCCAUCAUCAUCUUGUGUUAGGGCAUUCUUCUUUGGCGAGUGGUCUUCCACGGUAAGACUCGACGGCAAAACGGUCAUCAUUACAGGAGCCAACACUGGCAUUGGGAAAGAAACCACAAGAGAUUUAGCAAAAAGAGGGGCCAGGAUCAUCAUGGCUUGCAGAGAUACUGUCAAAGCUGAAGCGGCACUGAAAGAGAUUGUUACAGAGUCAGGCAACCAAAACGUCAUUAUCAGGAAACUCGAUCUGGCAGACACCAAAUCAAUCAGAGCGUUUGCAGAAGUCAUAAACAAUGAGGAGAAGCAAUUACAUAUUCUUAUAAACAAUGCCGGAGUCAUGAUGUGCCCCUAUUCUAAGACAGCCGAUGGCUUUGAGAUGCAAUUUGGAGUCAAUCAUUUGGGCCACUUCCUGCUAACUCUGCUGCUGAUCGAUUUGCUGAAAAAGUCUGCCCCGUCAAGAAUCAUCAUCCUGUCCUCCAUGGCUCAUAGCUGGGGCACCAUUAAACUGGAUGACAUCAACAGUGAGAGGAGUUACCACAGCAGGAGGGCGUACGGACAGAGCAAGCUAGCAAAUAUCCUCUGUGCUCGAUCCCUGGCCAAAAGACUUAAAGACACAGGAGUGACAGUAUAUGCUGUCCACCCAGGCAUCGUUCGCACUGAACUAAAGAGGCACAUGAACCUUGGGCUCCUUUGCAUGUGGAAAAUGGUCAGGCCUUUCACUAAGACGUCAGCGCAGGGAGCUCAGACUUCAAUCUACUGCGCUGUGGAGCCAGCCCUCGAUUCACACAGUGGCGGCUAUUUCAGCAACUGUAGACCUGCAAGUUGCACAAGAGCUGCUAGAGACGAUGGAACGGCACAGAAGCUGUGGGAUCUCAGUUGCCAGAUGCUUGGAGUGAGCUGGGAAUGAAUGUAAAAAUGUUUAGGCAUACCGGCAACUUGUUAGGAACCAUCAUGGGCCACAUGCAUAGUAAGAAAAGCCUCAUAUUUCUGAGACAACCCAUUAUUAUUGUAAUUGAGAUCGAAUGAAUGAAUGAAUUAGCAGCCCAGUUAAUAUUUGCUACUGGGGUGGCACGACAGCUUUUUCGACAGCUUUCGUGGUUAGGGCAGAAAGACAUAGCUUUUGCCAUUUUUGGGACUAUUUAAGACAUAUUUUCCUAGUUACCUAAUUAAUACAUUCCAGAUUCCUGAUGUCAUCAGAUAAAACAGAUACAUUUAGCCAUGUGUUUGGCAAGAAUUGAUAAGAGCUAAACAUUCGUAGAAGGUCGCAAGAGAAGUGUGUAACGCAUGAUAGAGAUGGGGUUUAUUUUAAUAAGAGGUUUAAGGUUAAAAUUUCAGCAAUAUUCAUGGGGAGUAUGGUGGUGUACCUCAGACCUCCAGGGUAUCUGUUUCAGUCGUGAGCUGUCUGCAUGGAUUUCUUCUGGGUUGUCUUGUUUCUUCCCACUUCCCAUAAACAUGUUAGUGGGAGGGCUGUCGACACAAAAUUAGCUGCAGUCUAUCUACAGCAAGCGGUGCUGGAGCAAGGCCAGGAAGCUAGUGAAGGACCUCAGCCAACAGAGAAUGAGGAGAAGCUUCUUACCACAGGCUGUUCGGGGACCUCAACCAGUACCAGCACCUAGGACUAGAGCUUGGACUUUCUUGCACAACACCCACACCUGUAUAUUACAUUCCUGUUAAUAUACCCGUCUUACUCCAUAUUUAUAAAUAUUUAUUAGAUGUGUUGGCAAUUUCACUACAACUAUCUUAGCCUGAUGUUGCACGGUAUUAUACGGCACAAACAACUGCACGAUUCCAAAUAUAGCCAUACAUGUUAUAUCCCUUUCUACCCAAGUAUACAAGUAAAAUUCUGGUUUAUAUCAAUACUAUUUUAUGAUACAGACGGAAUUUAAGUUGAAUUUGAAAUGACUCCUCAGUGUGUAUUUCCGCCUCCCACCCGAUGUUCCCUGAAUACGCCCCGGCUGCGACCCUGACCAGGAUAAAGUGCUUACUGAAGAUGUAUUAAUAAACGUAACAACAUCUAAAGGUGUUUCUAGAAGGAAAACCUUACAGGAAAUGUGAUUCUAAUAGUGAGAUGGUCUUUGUGGCUAUGCAUUCAGACAAUCUAGAUAUCUGUUCGGCAUGAAAAAUUUCACGCGUGUCAAUAAGAACAGAGCAAUGCUUUGAUUUCACUUGUUUGAGUGUAGAAAAAAAGAUGAUUCACGGACGUUAGUUGUCCCAUUGGGAUAUCACUCGAUCGGCACAAUCUUUUAAAACUCCAAUAUUCCUUCCCUCAGAACACAUUUAAGUCCAUCAUCCUUAAAAAGAAACACUGCUUCGUCUUCCACUAACGGGGCUUUUAAACCGUCUGAUUCAGCAGUGAAAGGGAUGAUGAGAAAUGCAAUCUGUGGCCUUUUUUGCUGGAGGUUGCAGAAUUUGUCCUCAAAACCCUGCUGGAGAUUUUCAAGCGGUGUUGCAUACAGUGCAGUACUCCCUUUUACAACCUCUGCUGGAAAAUGUGUGAACGCUCCCUUUUGUAUGUGUGCCUUGAACAGCUUGGGUUUGUUGACAAACGUGAAAACACUCUGCACCUAAUCAGGCAGCAUCUUUAACUCCACUUGCAGACACACAUUCAGAACGUUCCGAUAACGCAACCGUGCAUGUCGACCGACAACGCCAAAUCCGAAAUGCACUGGGGGACAUGCAGCUCGGGAUGAUCCUUAUGUUUCUCUGCAAGGGACAGCUUCACCAGAUUCAAAAGUUUAUGUGUAAUAAAAUUCUCUGUUGAUUGAAAUUAAAUAAUUAAUUUCUUUUUAAAGUUACUCUUUGUAAUGUCUAUUCAGAUCAUAGGGCACAAUCACAUAUACACACUCACACACCCAUGCGUGCACUACGGACACUUUGGACACGCCGAUCAGCCUACCAUGCAUGUCUUUGGAC